UUAUUACAGAUGGCAAAACUACAACACCUGUUGCUCGCCGCGAUAGCGAUCCAAGUCUACGUCAACGCUGCACCGAGUGAAGUCACCAAGCUCGAAGAUAUCGCUAAAGUCGAGACAGCGAGUGAUGCAACGCCAACCCCACUAGAAGAAAGCACCCUUGAAAGCACAGACACCUCGGGCCAGCGACAAAAGCGCUGGUACGAUUUCGGAGGAUUUGCUGGCGUUCCACCACUAAUCACCCCUGCAUAUCCUACUUUUGUGAAAAGAGAUGAUUCACUAAGUACUGGCGUCUAUGGUUUAGUAGACGAUCCGCUGUCACACGUAUACAGGCGGCUGCAUGACAUCGCAUCCGUCGCUAGACAACCAGCCUUUCCGCCGUCUUUCCCAUCGUCAUUCCCUAUUUAUCUACCAGUUCUCUAUUUACCUCAACCAUGCAACUGCAAUCAGCAACCUAAGCCGACCAACAACCAAAAUGGGAGCCAACCAGACAGCAUAAACAACCGCUUCCCUGAUAUGGAGGAUACGCGACAGAACUGGGGAUACGUCGUCAAUGACGAUGAAGACAACGACGAUGGACAGGAUGUUAGAAGGCCCAUUAAUUUUGACGUUAUUCGACCGAACAACACUGUAACUAGGAGGCCCCCUCCAGUUGAGCAUGGGACCGUUCAAGGAGACGGCACUUUGAAUAGUAUUCCUCCUGGAGCUCCGCCGACUACUUUUCGCCCGUCGACUACGAGAAGGCCGCCUCAGAACGCGCCAAAAGAGGUUUCCACAAACCAACUCCCGACUAACUGUGAUGCCGCGGUCCUUAGUUGUUGCCACCGGCCUGAGAUAACCUUCGAGUGCUUCACGACGCAAGGCUGCCCAGACGUCGGUUCCUACGGGAACCCCUGCGAACCCAACGUUAUUCUCAGAGUAAUUGAAAGGUUCCAGAGGUUCUACCAGCAGAGGACUGGGUCCACGUGAUCAGUGAUAACUGGUGUAGUUUUAAUUUAUUUAUGUACAGUGCAAUCCUUUAAUGCAAAUAAUUGCAUGAAAAAAUAUGAGAGAAGGCACUCACAUUUGCCUGCGAUACAUUUCUUGGAUAAAAUAGCUGUAAAGAAUUGAUAACAUUCGUUAUUUAUUGUUGGAUAAGGAUGUAGAGGAAGUUUCAUUUUAUUUCUGCCAUCCUUAUUAAAAUUAGGAAAUAAAGCCCUAGCGCGAUAAACGAUGUUAUUGGUGAUGAAGUACUACAAUACAAAUGUAACAGACUGACACUUGCGACAGCUUUAUAAUCUCUUCUCACAUUUCACAAUUUUUCUGAUGUCCUGACGUGACGAUAUUUAGUAGUACUUUAAUAAAAUUACUCCGCAACCAUAUUUAUAACAUCAAUUUGUGUAUGUAUUAUUGCAUAAUUUCAAACGAAUGAUAACAAAUGCGAAAUUUCACUUUUAUUCACUAUAUUUGUUCUGCUGCUGUGAGACUAGAGCGACAAACUUCGUGGUAAUGAGGAGAAAAAUAUAUUAUGACAGAAAAUGCCUACCUUUGAAGCCUGGCAGUGCUAGCACGAAUGGUUUAAGUAUUUUUAUUUUCCAUUUUAAUCCGAUCACGCGAUUCACGCGAUACUAUCAUUUUUAAACUGAAUUGCGUAAAUAUUAAUAUGUAUAAACCAAAAUGUAAACAAAUUGUGAGUCUUGUUUGUAUCUGUAUUAUACAAAAUAAAUUCAGAGAAUAAACGAAUUUCCAGCUAAAACAGUAGGUAUAUAACUGGUAAAAUACAUUAAAAUACAUUUAGUAUAAUACGGGUCGUUGUCACCGAUACUAUAUAGCUUCGUAGGUUUAACCUACUUUUAAUAACAGUCGUAGUUCCUUAAAAACUGCCUUUUUCACAAAUAUGUCAAAUUUGUAAAAUAAAAGAAAAUAAUUUUAGGAUAUUUA